AGCCCAGAGUUAAUCAAGUUGGUCAUGCGCACUUGGGCGCGCGUGGCACUUAACUUCAGGUGCAAAGGAAUUCACUUAAAACGUUUGAAGAGCACGGCGUUUACAAAGUUUGUGAACGACUGUAGAGUGAGGUAUCUACAGUAUCAUAUGACAUGAAAGAGGAGAGCGGUGGAGACGGACUGAAGAGGGUAGCCUCGGAUGCAGAAGGGGAUGGUGACAGGAAAAAAUCAAAGAAGUCACACUCAAAUGGGGCAAGCAAUUUCAAUGGCAGAUCAUCCAGUGAUACCAAAUCUUCAUCCAAAAGUAAUGAAAAAGAGGAUCGGAAGAAAAAUGAGAAGGAGUCAACAAUCAAGAGUGAGCCAGAGGACCUGUUCAGCAAAAGCUUAUCUUAUGAGCCUGUCAAGAAAGUGAGAAAGGGGGCUCAUGAGAAGGCUCAGAGGGAUCUCAAAAAAGAACCAGAGAAGGAUCACAACAAAGAAGCAGAGAAGGGUGGGAAGGACAAGAAUGAUAAAGAGAAACUCAACGGAACUCUGAAAGAAAAAUCAGACGACAGCAGGAAAAGGAAGCAUCAUUCUGAUGUGAAUGGAGAGCCAAAAAAGAGGAAAGUGUCAAAAGAAGAGGAGGUCAAAGGGAGAAAAGGAAAAAAUAAAAAGGAAGAAGUAAAGGACGAAGGGGAUGGAAAGUGGAAAUGGUGGGAAGAGAAGGGUAACUCAAACGAUGGACAAAAGUGGAAGACUCUUGAGCAUAGGGGACCUCUUUUUCCUCCAGAAUAUGAGCCAUUGCCAAAAAAUGUUAACUUCUAUUAUGAAGGGCAGCCACUCAAGCUUAGCCUGGCCACAGAGGAGGUUGCAACAUUCUAUGCCAAGAUGCUGGACCAUGAAUAUACAACAAAGGAAGCGUUUCAGAAGAAUUUCUUCACCGACUGGAAAGAGGUCAUGUCAAGCGAUGAAAGGAAGACCAUCAAAAAGCUCUCUAAAUGUGACUUCAAGGAGAUCCAAAAAUAUUUUGUUGAAAAGUCUGAGGAGAAGAAGAACAUGAGCAAGGAGGAAAAAAAGGUCCUGAAGGAGGAGGGCAUCAAGCUGACUGAGGAGUACGGCUUCUGUCUCCUGGACGGCCACCGGGAGAAGAUCGGCAACUUCCGAGUGGAGCCGCCGGGGCUGUUCCGCGGCCGCGGGGAGCACCCCAAGAUGGGCCGGCUGAAGAAGAGGAUCCAGCCCGAGGACAUCAUCAUCAACUGCAGCCAGGACUCCAAGAUCCCGGUGCCUCCCCCCGGGCACAAGUGGAGGAGAGUGCAGCAUGAUAACACUGUCACCUGGCUGGCGUCCUGGGUGGAGAAUAUUCAGAAGCACAUCAAGUACAUCAUGCUCAACCCCAGCUCGAAACUCAAGGGGGAGAAGGACUGGCAGAAGUACGAGGUGGCCCGGAGCUUGAAGCUGAAGGUGGACUCGAUCCGCAGGCAGUACCAGCGGGACUGGACGGCCCGCGAGAUGAAGGCCCGCCAGAGGGGCGUCGCGCUCUACUUCAUAGACAAGCUGGCCCUGAGAGCGGGGAAUGAGAAGGAGGAUGACACUGCGGACACGGUGGGCUGCUGCUCACUGCGCGUGGAGCACAUCACCCUGCACGACAGCCUGGAUGGACAGGAGUGGGUGGUGGAAUUUGACUUCCUGGGAAAGGACUCCAUCCGCUACUACAACAAAGUACCUGUGGAGAAACAGGUGUUCAAAAGUUUGAUCAAAUUCAUGGAGAACAAGGACCCAGAGGAUGACCUGUUUGAUCGUAUCACUACGGUCUACCUGAAUAAGAAGCUGAACGAGUGCAUGUCGGGCCUGACGGCCAAAGUCUUCCGAACCUUCAACGCCUCCACAACCCUGCAGGACCAACUCAACAAGCUGACCAAAGACGACAUGACAGUGGAGGAGAAGAUCCUGUCGUACAACCGGGCCAACCGAGCUGUAGCCAUCCUCUGCAAUCACCAGAGGGCGCCACCCAAGACCUUCGAGAAGUCCAUGCAGCUCAUGCAGGAUAAGGCAGACAGUACAGUUGUCAGCACAGCACAGCGCAGAGAGGACUGGCUCAUGCACUGCAACACAGACGCACAGGCUCCACACCUCAUCUCAGGCAGGAGAAGCUACAACACACCAGGCAGAACAGCACAGCAGAAGAUUCAGAAGAAGAAGGACCAGAUUGAAGCUGCCAAGAAGGAGCUGAAGAAAGCCAAGAGGGCCCACAAAGAGCACCCAUCUGACAGAUCCAAAAAGCUGUUGGAGAAGCAGGAGAAGGCGUUGCGGAGGCUGGAGGAUCAGCUGAAGAAGCUGGAGCUGCAGGUGACGGACCGCGAGGAGAACAAGGUCAUCGCCUUGGGCACGUCCAAGCUCAACUACCUUGACCCCAGGAUCUCCGUCGCCUGGUGUAAGAAGCAUAAGGUGCCCAUUGAGAAGAUCUAUAAUAAAACCCAGAGGGAGAAGUUUGCGUGGGCCAUUGACAUGACUGAUGAGGACUUCCAGUUCUAGACAACAUCACAAAGAAAAUUAUUUUCCGUUUCUUUUUUUUUACUGUCAUUUUUGUUGUACAUGAAGAGUAUUACGUGUUGUUUUUGUUUUACAAUUAUGUCUGUCUUAUCACUUAAAAAUGUUAAUUUGUCUGAUUUAAUUUAAUACUUUAAGUUAUUGUACCCUGUAAAGUACUGUCAAGGUUUUUUUUCACUUUAUGGAAAUGAAGUCCACGAAAAUGAAAACCUU